UGAGUGGCAUUAUAGAGCAAGCUUUUAAUUCAACAAAGGCUCGUAACGUCGUGGAGGUCCCGAAGAUUUGGUAACAUUAUCAAACACUUUUAUAUGAUUCUUAUUUCCUGCAUUGAUAAGCCAGAAAGCAGUGGGCCACACUGUAACGGCCGAACUUAUUUACAUUUUACAGUGUUUACCUUCUCACAUCUGCCUCAUCUGCUCUCCAGGCGUAUCAAGAGGCUCCGUCGAGCUAUCGAUCAUCAGUCCUCGACCACGCCACAAACCAGUUAUCCCAGUGCUCGGUGCCGAUUACUCCGGCCUUGAUAAACUGACUACGUUUUCUCUUUAAGGAACUGAGUCCAGUUAGUCAGUUGUCAACAGGCUGAGCGAGAAAACGAGCCGUCGAUUCAAGUUGGUACGUGGAGCUGAUAACACAGGCGUUCCCGCACGAUAUAGUGUCGAGGAAAGCCUUUUGACUCGUUUUGGGAGUUUAAUUUUGUUCCAUGUAUCGAGGCGAGAAUGAAGUCCCGAGGACACGCAGCCUCCUGAGCAUCUUGGACAUGUGAAACUUGACUCUCCUGUAGGCAGAUGCAAGUCCCAGGCUGGAUUGAAUGGCACUGAGGAUACUAGCCUUUUACCCCACAAAUGACUGCAAUUCAGUUGGAGUACUGCAAUGACAAGCCGGCAUCCUAGCCAUGCAGAGAGUGCGCACUCCACAAAAAAACAGCCACCUGCUGUGUCCCCCAAGCUCCAUGUCCAGCGAUCGCCAUCAAAGGAAACCAUCACCAUCCACUUCUCAGCUCUUGGGAAGGAGGAAGAGGAGGAGGAAGAAGAGCUGUGCAUGACAACUACCUCAGCUACUCAGGAUGACUCAAACAUUGUGACAGCCUUAGAAGCAAGUGAGGAGAUGUUCAAUGGGGUGCCAUUGGACUCUGCAGCCGAGGUUGCUGUCAUUCCUGAAUCAUCCAGACAUUCUCUAGUUUCUAGACAUCAUGCUAACAGUUCUCCCACACAAAGUCCAUCAUCACGUUUGGCUGAGCAAAAAGACUCAUCUUCCAGUUCCCAUCCAACUAAAUCUUUGAGCUUUCCCUCCAGCGAAAAACCCUUCCUCAGCUUAGUGAAAUCUCUCUCCUCUGACAUGGAGUCUCGUGAUGGUAUCACUUCUGCUCCUACAGUAAGGCAUAGGCAUCUGAUGAAAACUCUCGUCAAAUCUUUAUCUUCAGAGACAUCCCAGGACUCAUCCACCACCUCCUCCUUUACCACACCCCACCGUCUACCGGAGCCCCGCCUUAAUCUGCAGCUCUUCAAGCAAUUUACACAAUCCCGGAUGCCUUCUUCUACCAUAUCAUCAGCUAGUGAUUCUAAAACUGCCCCUUCCUCUCCAUUAACCUCACCAGAUAACCGCAGCUUUUUCAAAGUUUCAGAAGUUGAGGCAAAAUUUGAAGACACUAAGCGCCGCCUGUCUGAGGUCAUUGCUGAGCCGCUCCAACUGCUUAGUAAGAUCAUGGAUGAAAAGAGUAACAGCUUGGUAAGCAGCAGCAUUUAUCGGCCCAAGCACCUCUCUGCCAGUGCCACAGAACUUUCCACUAUCACUGCUAUCAAUGGGCACCUGGAGAGCAACAACAACUACUGCAUCAAGGAGGAAGAAGGAGGUGACUGGGAGGCUGAGAGCCCCAACAGUGGGGCCUCUGGUACUGCUGAAUCACCUGUUCUCCUCUCUGUUGACGCAAAGAGUCCCAACAAAUCAUCUUUAUCUUCUUUGUCAAUGGACAAAUACUCUAUGUCUGCUCUUGCUAAACAAGACGAUGAGGACUACUGCAUCCUGGACAGUGAGGACUUUGAGACUGGUACUGACACAGAGGCUGAUGGUGUUGAUAAAUCUGAUUAUACCGGUACUGGGAGUCAAACUAAAGUGCCACUAAGUGGUAGUACUGAACCUUGCAGUGAAGAUGAAUCCGAAAGUAUUGAGCCAGCACCCAGUGUUCCCCACUAUACUCUCAUGGUCCUUACUGUCCUGGUCUAUGGGUAUUUUGUAUUACCUCUGCCCAGUUACCUAGGAGGAAUGCUGCUUGGAAUUGGACUGGGAUUCUGUUUAGCCAUUGGUGUUGUGUGGCUGAGUGGACCAAAAUCUUCUGGCAAUAGUUUUAGAUUUUCCAGAGGCAAUCGGAAGCUGUGGAAUCUCACCAAGUUGGACAUUAAGGAGCCAGAUAUCUAUAAGGGUUGGAUGAAUGAGAUAUCAAACUAUGACCCGGAGACAUACCAUGCCACACUAACACACUCUGUGUUUGUCCGGUUGGAGGGUUCCAUCAUUCGUCUGUCUAAACCCAACCACAACAUUGCACGCCGUGCUGCACAUAAUGAACCAAAACCUGAUGUCACCUUCAUCAGUCAGAAGAUCUAUGACCUCACUAACAGCAAAGUAUAUCUAAUGCCUCAGAACCUGGCUCGGAAGCGUUUAUGGAACAAAAAAUACCCCAUCUGCAUUGAGCUUGGCAAACAGGAUGACUUCAUGUCGAAGGCCGAGGGUGACAGGCUGGAAGCAGUUGAGAGCUUCAAUACAAAGGACAGAGGAGAGUUGAUGGGAGAAGCACAAGAGCGAGGGUCAUCUUCGUCCAGUAAAGAUCUGACCCUCUAUUUGUUUGGAAGGACAGGAAGGGAGAAAGAGGAGUGGUUCCAGCAGUUUCUAUCAGCUUCUGCACCCAAGGCGGACUUGAAGAAAGCUUCAAGUGCUGCAGGGGCUAAGAGUGCUCUGAGCUCUCAUAGUCGCAGCAGCAGCCGCAGCAGUCUGGAUGAAGCACUUGCAUCUCAGCCCAGGUCAAAGGACUCCUCAGCCUCCUCAACAACAGCAGGCAGCACCAAAACCAAGCCAUUGUUGGAAUACAGUGUAUACAUGACCUCCAUACUGCCAAAACCAUUGGCAGUCAGCCCCGCAGCUGCCAGCCCUGCUCUCCAGAGCCCUCAGAGCAGCCCCGGGGCUGAUAAGAAGCUUCAGAGCAACACAGUAGCUCAAGUGCAGUCCACUGGGGAGGAGGAUGGGGAGGAUACUGUUGCCUGGCUGAAUGCAGCACUUGGUCGGGUUGCCUGGGACUUCCUGAGUGAGCCUCACUGGACUGAAUUGGUCUCCAAGAAGAUUCAGAUGAAACUCAGCAAGAUACGGUUGCCUUAUUUCAUGAAUGAGCUAACACUGACAGAACUGGACAUGGGCUCGGCCACUCCCAGGAUCCUUGGGGCAUCCAAACCUUCCAUUGACUACCGAGGUCUGUGGUUUGACCUGGAGAUUUCAUAUAGUGGUUCCUUCCUGAUGACCCUGGAAACCAAGAUGAACCUCAUUCGCCUUGGCAAGGAGGGAGAGAGCGUGCGCUUAGGAGAAACUGGAAAGGAUGGAUACAGGCCACGCACUUACUGCCUGGCUGAUAGUGAUGAAGAGUCAUCCAGUGCAGGCUCAUCGGAUGAAGAAGACUCCUCAGAGCUCUCAAAUGACUGCGUAGGAGCUGAGGGUUGGGCUGGAGGCCACAAACCCAGCAAGAUUAUGCGCUUUGUGGACAAGAUCACCAAGUCCAAAUACUUCCAGAAGGCCACAGAAACAGAGUUCAUCAAAAAGAAAAUGGAGGAAGUGUCAAACACACCCCUUCUGCUCACAGUAGAGGUGCAGGAACUUCAAGGAACAUUGGCUGUCAACAUACCCCCACCACCCACUGACAGGAUAUGGUAUGGCUUCAGGACACCGCCUCACCUGGAACUGAAGGCACGACCUAAACUGGGAGAAAGAGAAGUCACUCUGGCUCAUGUUACAGACUGGAUAGAGAAAAAACUGGACCAGGAAUUCCAGAAAAUCUUUGUAAUGCCAAACAUGGACGAUGUAUGGCUGACUAUCAUGCAUUCAGCCAUGGACCAACGCACUGCCGGAGGACCAUUGGUUAGCUCAGCAGUGGACCCAGAGCCUCUCUAGCCAGAGAGGAACAGCACCAGCCAGCCAUGAAGAUUGUUUACAGUAUUCCUUAGAGCAUAUGAAGUCUCAUAAUGGGAACUGGAGCCAAAGUUGAUAGGACAGAUGCUAUUGUAAUACAAAUACAUUCCCUGAGUGAGUGAGUGAGUGGGUGACUGAGUGGGUUUCUCACUCACCGUCGAGGAGACCAUAUGAAUUUUUAAGGAACAUUGUAGACUCUCCCCAAGGAAACACUAAAGACAGACUGUUGCUUGCUGCUCUGUUCAGUAGUAUUUAUCUUGCCAGAAGAAAAGGUGAAUGUCUUUGAAGGAUUCAUAAAAUGGCACAGACCCUUUGAAUAGGAACUAACAUGUGAAGAGAGUGAUGUUUAAGUAAAUAAGAGGUAUGUAUGGCGAUAUAUAAGUACAUGAUGUCCUGUGAUGUCCGUUGAUGUGAAAGCAUUCACCAGAUACCUUACAGCCUGCAGAUGACUCGUUUCUGCUAAGGCGAGAGAUAGAGAUGGAGCAUGGUAGCCCAUUUAUUCUAGUGGAGAUUCAGAACAUGUUGAAAUGUCGGUAUUUAAUAUUGAAUGAGUCAUGUGUAGAAGAAAGAAGUAGAAAGAAUAAAGUGUAAGCCAGAUACAAAGAAGUGUAUUGGAAAAGCUCAGAUACUUGAUGUUCGGUUUAUUUACUCUAUGAAACAUUAAAUCUUUUAAGUGGCUUUAUAUCAGUGGCUUCUGUUCAGGUGUUAACUGUUAACAGUAUUCGUUUGUGCUGUGACCACACCUUGAACACCUCCCUUCAUUUGCCAAGAGCUUCUUUUGCUAUGCCAAUGAUGCCCUUAUCCAUGUCUGUAUGGAAAUAAUGCUUGAGAGUAGACAUACAUUAUCUACAAAAAAGUGUCAUUCAUUAUGUAAAUUCCAUACUAAUGACAAAUACACAAACACAUUAAGUGCAAUGAUAGAAAUGCUACGCAGGCUAUGAUCUUGUAAGGAUAUUGUAUAAGUUGUAUGUCUGAGACGUACAAGGCCUCUAACACAUCUAUUGAAUGUAUGCAAGAAUAGUAUUUGGUUCCUAUUUUUAUUGUUGGAGUUUUUACCCAGUCAAAAUUUGGCUGUGGUAUGAAAAUUAUUGCACAGAUACCAGUACAAGUUUUCUUUUUGUUUUGUAUAUGAUAAACACUAUCUCCUUAUGUCUUUUUCCAGAUGUGUCAUCCAAUUGUUCUGUACAUGGAGUAGCGGGUGGUGUAUUUAUCUGUAAAUCAUUCAUACUUAAUGGUGUUAAAUGAUAAUAUCGUUGGAAGUGAAUUUAAAUGACCAACUUUGAUCCGUGACAGUGCUUUAAAAAGACUCUAGCCGCCAUACUUUACCUAUAAAAUGGGACAAAGUCAAGGUACUUACUGUGUAGUAGAGCAUCUAUCGCCAAGAAUGGUAAGCCUUAUCUACAGGUUCCUUUCCUGAAAAAAUCUUUUUAACUGUGUCAUGUUUCUAAUUUUAACCAAAGUCCUUUGAUUAGGCCUUUAGUGCCAGAUCUCUCUGCUCAAAGGUACACAUCCCAUAGUGACAACGCAUUGUGAGGUAAUAUUUACAAAUGUGCUAUAGUACUUGCAUUAACAUUGUUUACAGGCAUUCUUUGUUUUCUCUCGUAGGAUACUAAAGCACUGUAACAUGACAUAUAUGUUUUCUGAAUGAUUGUCAUUCCCUUUAUGCCUUGAUUCAUUUUUUUUGUUAAGUAUUUGUUCUUUUUGGAUGACUACAUGAAGUGGGUUGCGGUUGUAUUUUGUCUAUUUUGGAAUAAAACAGAAUGAACUGAGAUUUUUGAGGUUAUAUGAAGACAUACCAUGAUUUGUAUCUGUGAAUUAUUAAUGACUUUCUCAAAUGAUCAUGUAAUCUUAAGGCCAAAUUCGGUGAUUAUGUGCAUCUGCCUUAUUUAUAGAGCAAAAAUAAAUUUCUGUUAAUGAAA